UCCGGGUUUCGGCAGUCCCGUCUAGAUUCAGUCCUCUGCUGCCUUCAACAUACACUCAUUGUACACAAACGGGCGAGCAAGCUCGCAGCAUCGAUCGUGGCUCCUUUAAGAAAAACUAAGCCAGAAUUAUCACCCCACCUCCUCUUGAUCUCAUUUAGAGGCUAUUGCAUACAAAAUCAACUCAGGAGCUGAGAGUGAUCAAAGAAACGCGAGAGAUUCAUUUUUGUGUGCAUUUGUGUAUUAACAUUAGGUGUGCUAACCAGUCGAAGCGCGCGGAGGAUCAUCAUUCAUUCAGUACUUUGACAAGCUCGCCUUUGAUUGACAACUGGAGUGGCAGAAAGCCACGAGACUCUAGUUUUGUUUGAGGGCUGUUUUCUUACUGGUUUGGAGAAGAUUUGUGCGCUCCCCGUUGCUGUCCUGGGGAAAGCAGAGGACGUGUUUGCUUGGCUUUGGCUGAACUUGAGCUGAAGGACUUGACUUCAUCGCUCCCUUGAAAAGACAUACGGAUUUUUUCUUAAAAAGCCUCGCGUUUGGAAUUUGCGUGUUUAUUUCUUCUUCACCCUGGCCUCAUAGGGGAUAUAUUUGAAGUGAAAGGAAGACGAGGGAGAGAGGAGGGCGAUGGCGCAGAGGUACGAAGAUUUACCCCACUAUGGGAUGGACGCAGUAGGAUUGUCGACUGCGAUGUAUCAGGAUCACCACGGCGCCAGAGCCAUGCCGGCUGUCCACCUGAACCAUGGUCCCCAGCUCCACUCGCACCAGUACCCGCACACAGCGCACAGCAACGCCAUGCCGCCCAGUAUGGGCUCCUCAGUCAACGAUGCUCUUAAAAGAGAUAAAGACUCCAUUUACGGGCAUCCCCUAUUCCCUCUUUUAGCACUGAUUUUUGAGAAAUGUGAAUUAGCAACUUGCACACCUAGAGAGCCUGGGGUGGCAGGAGGCGACGUCUGCUCAUCAGAGUCUUUCAAUGAAGAUAUAGCAGUGUUUGCGAAACAGAUCCGAGCAGAAAAACCGUUAUUUUCAUCGAAUCCAGAGCUGGAUAAUCUGAUGAUACAAGCCAUCCAAGUUUUACGAUUUCAUCUUUUGGAGCUGGAGAAGGUACAUGAACUCUGUGACAAUUUCUGUCACCGGUACAUCAGCUGCUUGAAGGGCAAGAUGCCCAUCGACUUGGUUAUAGAUGACAGAGAAGGAGGAUCAAAAUCAGACAGCGAAGAAAUCACAAGAUCAUCGGGGCCCCUUGAUCAGACCUCGUGGAACAGAGACCACGAUGACACAGCGUCCACACGCUCCGGGGGCACACCGGGGCCGUCCAGCGGAGGACACACAUCACACAGCGGAGACAACAGCAGCGAACAAGGUGACGUCCUGGACAACAGCGUGGCCUCUCCCAGCACAGGGGACGACGACGACCCCGACAAAGAGAAGAAGCGCAAUAAAAAACGAGGAAUCUUUCCCAAAGUCGCCACCAACAUCAUGAGGGCAUGGCUCUUCCAGCACUUGACGCACCCCUACCCUUCAGAAGAACAGAAGAAGCAGUUGGCGCAAGACACCGGACUUACCAUACUACAAGUGAACAACUGGUUCAUAAAUGCAAGAAGGAGAAUAGUACAGCCCAUGAUUGACCAGUCUAAUCGAGCAGUAAGUCAAGGAGCCCCCUACAACCCAGAUGGUCAGCCCAUGGGUGGGUUUGUCAUGGACGGACAGCAGCACAUGGGAAUCAGACCACCUGGCCCCAUGAGUGGGAUGGGCAUGAACAUGGGAAUGGAGGGACAGUGGCACUACAUGUAACCUUCUUCUAGUUAACCAAUCGCAAAGCAAAGGGGGAAGACUGCAGGGCAUGCUAGGGGAUUACCUGUCUCACGGCGGUCCAGUGGGUAUGGGCAUGGUUCAACCGAGCUACUGCGCCCCCCCGAUGCCCCCCCACUCUGCUCAGC